AAAGAGGUAGCAAGAACACGCGCAAUUGCUGAGUUACUACACACAUCGCAGCAGUGCACACCACGUCCACAGACGCGCGAUGGAGUGAGAAGCAUUGGGUUGCUUCCGGCGAUGGCCAUUGCCAACCCCGCCCCAUCUCCUUCGUCAUACGUACAAGCCAUCCCAGCUUCACCCCUCCACCUCCUCCUCGCCUGACGACAUCCGCACCGCGGUGCUCCACAAAACCCACCCCAAAUCCCCUGCAUCCCGGCCCCUGCAUUCUCCUUGCUUCCCCGAAACCUCGCGCUUGGUCCGACGCAACGCGCCUUCGAUCCCUGAGAUAAAGCUCGCGGUUUUCUGUCUGUCCCGCCAAAUCCAGUUCUUCGAUUUCCCUGGGCUGUCGGGAUUUCUCUGUUGUUUUGGUUCUUGGGAAACCCUUAGGUUGCUAGGAUUUGUGGGUUCUACCAAUGAUCGCUGGUUUGAUCCGUCCUAGUUGCACAAGCGUUACCUGAUUUGGUCCUAAAAUACAUCGUUUCCUGAUUUGAUCCGUCCACAGAAAAAACUGGCCUUUUUGGGGGGUUUCUGAUUCGAGUGCAUCACCUAUCCAUCUUUGCUUCCGGCAAUGGGGAACAACAGCAGCGGCUGCAGCAACAGGCGUCCGGCGAGCCUGGAGUCGGCGCUGCCGCCUGAGGCGGUGCCGGAGGAGCUGAGCUCGUACGAGGCGGCGUGCCGGUCGGACCCGGAGCUGCGCACGUUCGACACGACGCUGCUGCGGCGCACGAGCCACGCCAUCUCGACGCUGGCGGUGGGCGUGGAGGUGCGGUCGCUGUCGCUGGACUCCCUCCGCGAGGUCACCGGCUGCCUCCUCGACAUGAACCAGGAGGUGGUGCGCGUCAUCUUGGACUGCAAGAAGGACAUCUGGAAGAGCCCCGAGUUGUUCGACCUCGUCGAGGACUACUUCGAGAGCAGCCUCCACACCCUCGACUUCUGCACCGCACUCGACAAGUGCCUCAAGCGCGCCCGCGACUCCCAGCUUCUCCUCCACGUCGCGCUCCAGCGCUUCGACGACGAGGAGGACAACGCCGCCGCCGCCGCACCCUCCGCGCGGUACGCGCGCACGCUGCACGAGCUGCGCCAGUUCAAGGCGGCCGGGGACCCCUUCACGGAAGAGUUCUUCGUCGCCUUCCAGGCCGUGUACCGGCAGCAGCUGGCCAUGCUGGAGAAGCUGCAGCAGCGCAAGCACGGGCUAGACAAGAAGGUCAAGGCAAUCAAGGCGUGGCGCCGCGUGUCAAGCAUCAUCUUCGCGACCACGUUCGCGGCCGUGCUCAUCUGCUCGGUGGUUGCCGCGGCCAUCGCUGCCCCGCCCAUCGCGGCGGCAUUGGCCGCAGCUGCUUCCGUCCCCGUGGGGUCUAUGGGGAAGUGGAUUGAUUCAUUGCUGAAAGGGUAUCAGGACGCGCUCCGUGGACAGAAGGAGGUGGUGAGCGCAAUGCAGGUCGGGACGUUCAUUGCCAUCAAGGAUUUGGACAGUAUCAGGGUCCUCAUCAACCGAGUGGAGCUGGAGAUCAGCUCAAUGAUCGACUUCGUGGAGUUUGCAGAGCGGGAUGAGGAAGCGGUCAAAUUCGGUGUCGAGGAGAUCACGAAGAAGCUGGAAAACUUCAUGAAGAGUGUUGAGGAUCUUGGGGAGCAGGCGGACCGGUGUAGUCGGGAUAUCCGUCGGGCAAGGACCGUCGUGCUGCAAAGGAUCAUCCGACAUCCAAACUGAAAAAAAUGAAGAAUGUUAAGGGAUUCGUUGAUAGUGAUGCACAAGGAAAGGUCUGUAGCUUAGACAAGCAAGCAAGAGAAGUUCCGGUUGUCCUAAAGCAACAAAUCAUGCUCGCCGAGUUAUGUGAAGAAUCACCAUUCCGAACAUAUCUAUCCCCUGUCCAAAUAUCUGAUGUUUAUCAUUGUGACCGGCAUGGUUCUUCUUUCAUGUUCUUAUUUUUAGGACAUCACUGUACUUGCCUCUGGGUCGUACCGAUGUAUCUCUCGCUUAAUAAUCGCCGUGGGAAAUGCUCCGUUUGUGUGCUGGGAGUAUCUGUACCUGUUUGCUUCAACUCUGAAAUUCACGGUUCUAAUAUGUUCAACAAAUACAGUUCUAACU